AUGACCUCAGACGGUCGAGCCAACUCCCCGGCUGUUAAGGAUGUCUUUGCGGAGGGGACACAAGCGGAUGGCGGGAAAGAGGGGCGCGUGGGGAAACAGGAGGAGGAGCGGAAAGAGGAGGACGAGGAGGGGAGUGGUAGCAGUUCUCUGGAAGAGCGGGUGAAUGCGAUUGACGGCAGUGGGGGAGAGCAAGCGGAGGAGCGUGGGGGAGUAAAUGGGAGUGAGGACAGAAGGGAGCACGGGGACUGGGAGGGGGAUGGGCGGGAGGAGGAUGGGCGGGAGGAUGGGCGGGAGGAGCAGCUCGCAAUGGUUGGCGCUAUGCUGGAGGGUGGGUGGCCGGGGCAGGAGAUAUCUUGGCGGGAUGCGGGAGAGCUGUGGCCUAGGCUUGGCAAAAGGGGGAGUGCUGUGCGGAAAGGAGGAUUCGAGGGGAAGGGGGGAAAUGAGGGGGAAGGGGAGGUUGAGACGGCAGGGGUAAGUGACCGGGGGAGAUUUGACAGUGGCGCUCAGGGGAAGGCGGAAGCGGAAGGGGAGGUUGCGGAUGCGGGGGGUUCAGUUGGGGGGAAGGGGGACGAGGAGAGCGACGAAGUGGAGGAGGGGGAGGCGGAGAAAGGGAAGGGGGAAGGGGAAGGGGAAGGGGAAAGGGAAGGGGGCAUGAAAGUUGAAGGGGAUGGGGAGGGGGAAGGGGAAGCGGAGGAAGGGGAAGAAACAAGAAUUCAGGGAGUAAGGGGAGAGGUGAGAGUUAGAAGAGGAGGGGAAGGCCUGGGUAGAGUGAAGGCCGGGGGGGAUGUGGAAGGCGGGGAGAGUGGUGAGCGAGAGAGGAGGGAUGGGGAGGAGGAGGAUGGAGAGGGUGGGGAGGAGGAGGGAGAGGGCGGGGAGGAGGAGGGAGAGGGCGGGGAGGAGGAGGGAGAGGAUGGAGAAGAGAAGGAAGAGAGUGCAGAGGAGGAGGGUGAGGGUGGGGAGGGCGGGUACGAGGGAGAGGAUUACUAUGAAAGACGAGGCAAAGAGGACGAGGAGGGCGAGGGGGAAGAAGGGAAGGAGGAUGAUGGGAAAGAGCUCACGGAGGGGGUUUUAGGCGAUGAUGAACGGGAGCGAGAAGGGGAAGGGAAAGGGGGACUGGAUGAUUAUGAUCUUGGGGAAGAGGUGAAGGGGGAAGAGGAGAAGGGGGAAUAUGAGAAGGAACUUGUGGAAGGGGGAUCAGGGAAAAGGGAAAGAGAAGGCGAAGGGGAAGGGAAAGGGGGGCUCGAUGAUUAUGAUAUUGGGGAAGAGGGAGAAGAGGAGGAUGGGGAGGAGGAGGAGGAGGAGGAGGAGGAGGAGGAGGAGGAGGAGGAGGAGGAGGAGGAGGAGGAGGAGGAGGAGGAGGAGGAGGAGGAGGAGGAGGAGGGUGCGGAGGAAGAAGGGGAGGAGGGAAGCGAGGGGGGCGGUGGGGGGUAUAGCAGGAGGAACACUGGGAGGGGUCAUGAGGGAGAGUCGGAAGAAGGGGGAGUGGGGGCGAGAAAGAGCAGCAAUGUGGGCGCGCGGAGUGUUAAGGAGGCAAAAGGGGAGGCAGAGGGGGAAGCAGAGGAAGAAGCGAAGUUUGAGAUACAGAAAACAGGGGAGGAGGCGGGGGGAGCAGAGGAGGAGGAACUAGAAGACGAUUUGGAAGAAGUGGGAUUUGGGGCUGGACGGGGUGGCAGCCGCAGUGGCAGCCGCAGUAUGGGCGACCUGGGCAGUCUCAUUGACUUGAAGGGAGUGGGUGCAGACAAGGAGGAGGCGGGGGAAGCAGAGGAGGAGCAACUAGACGAUGAUUUGGAGGAAGCGGGGUUCGGGGCGGGACAUGGUGGCAGCCGCAGUAUGGGCGAUUUUGGCAAGCUUGUUGGGCUGCAGGGAGAGGGUGCAGACAAGGUGCGAAGCAAGCCCAAGGCAAAGCCGGCGAGUGGGAAGGCAAAGAAGAAAAAGAAGGCAGACCGAGACAAGGAGAAGAAAGAGCGGCUGAAGGCUCUGUGGAGGAUGCGACAUGCAGCAGCAGGAGGUGGAGGAAGAGAAGAUGCCUGUGAGCCGCCCUUUGACCCGCCGGAGCCGAGGUGGAGGCCUGACAAGGCGUGUGCCAACGUGGCAGAGAUGGGCGAGGCGACAGCUGGCAGCACCGAUGUGGCUAGUCUGAAGCUGCGGCGAAUGAUUGAGCGACACCUGGUGGUGCACGGUGGGUGCCUCUGCCCUGCGUGCGCUGCCGGCUCACGAGUUUUGUCAGAGGAGCUUUGUGUUGGGAUAUGGCAAGCACGAGGGGCUAGGGUAGGGAUCAACCUGUACAAGAUCCUCACUGCACCACCCACUCUCGUUUCCCCUUGUCUCUCCUCCCUCCUGUCUCUUCCCUUCUUUCUCUUCGCUCCUGUUUCCUCCCCUCUCUCUCUUCCCUCCUCUCUCCCCCCUCCUCCCUACCAGGCGCCUCUGCCCUGCGGUCUGGUGGGGUGUGCAGUGGUGAAGUGUGGUGGGCUGGGAAACAAUGUCUACAAGAUCUUCACAGCCCCGGCUCUUCCUCUCAUGCUCAACCACUCUAUCAUCAUGGGCGAGAACUAG